GAUGAGUGACGUUCUGCAAAAUAUAUUAGGGAGAUUGCCGGCGAAAUCAUUCGCGGCGGCGGCAUGCGUGAGCCGAUCUUGGAACAAAGCUAGUCGUCAGAUCCUUUCUCGGCCGAGGCUCGCCACCGCUCUCUCUCUAAACCCUGAUCCCUAUCUUGGUGUGAUGGAGGUUAUCGACAAGGUGUUAAGUAGGCCGAUCCGUCCACAUUUCGCCAUCGCCUUUGUUUCCACAGAAACCUGCUUGCACUUGGUGCAUUCCAUGGUCACAAUACACUUGGGCUCAAACGUACCCUUGAUUACAAACGCUACUGCCGGAGUUAUCGGUAAAGAUGGGAUUACGAAUCGAUUCAAAGAGGUGAAAUGGGACGUGAUUUAUGGAGAAGACGAAGUUUUGGCUGAUGAUUUAAACCGGGGAAUUGGUUUGGUGGUAGGGUUUUUACCGGGGGUUAAAACAAGCAUUUUCCCUCUGCUCCAUACCAAAUCGGAUCCUCAUAUGGCUAUGGUCGAUAAAUUCGUUUCGGACAUUCGGGGUUACACCAUUUCUGUCUCUGGAGACGAGAUUCCGGUUGGUGUAAUGAUGUUUGGGGACCAUCAUUCGGAUUUCGGGCCCAUCAUAGCAGAAAUAGAUGAGAAGAUGCCCAUAGAGACAAUUGUCAUAGGAGAUGUGAGCAGCUGCGUCAAAUGUACGAACAAUGCUAUACAAGAUUUUGAUCAGGACGCCUAUUAUGUGGAUGCGGUAGGCCUUGUCUUCGCCAAAGACAACCAAUACAACCACGAAGGAGAAAUCAAAUUCCAUGUGGGGAUUUCCAGUGGAAUAAUGCCGUGCGGUCCACGUCUAGAGGUUGUUGACGUGGUCGAGAACGAGGCAGGAUUUUCAUGGUUGAUUGCUAAAUCCAUGGACGAUGCUGGACUUCUCGACGCCUCCCAAAUCAUACAAACUCUUGGUCGUACGAUCGAAGAUGAAUCGUACGCUCUGUACAUCGGUGUCACGCAAGAAAAAAUGCCCCACGAGGGAGAAAACCCUCCAAAGUACUUAGCCUUUCACGAUCUUCUCGGCACGGAACAGGAAAUGUUUGUGGUGGCUGGGACGGGAAUCAAACCGGGAGAUACGUUUCUACUCUAUCAUUCGGAUUCAGAUACCGCGAGAUCUUCGUGCGUCAACGUCUUCAACGAGUUCAACCGUAUCGCAAACCCGAUAUCGAUGUCGAUGAAUCCGAACCUGGAAGUUUUCGGAGGGAUGAUAUUCGCUUGCUCUAACCGUGGUGAGAAUUUUUUCGGAGAACCAAAGGUGGACUCCAUGCCGCUCCGUGAGAAUUUUCCGAGGGCCCCGCUCUGUGGGACGUUUUGCCUUGCCCCUUUUGCACGUCGUGCCGUUUUGGGGAAGGAAAACGUCGAGAGGUGUUCCGUGCCGGUCUUCAGCGCGGUCUAUUUGGCUAUGACUUUUGUUCCGUCUUCUCCUCCGCCUCCUCAGUAGCUUGCAGCAUUUUGCCUUUGGUCGGUCCAAAAUGUGAUAAAUCCUAUUUUAAUUUCGCUGUUUUCAUUUUAUGAUCCAAGAAAAUAUUCGAAAACUGUAAAUAAAAACUGAAUAUCUAUGUUCUUUUCUCUCUCCCUAAUUAGGGUGACCA